AUGAUUCCUGAGGAUGUACGUGGUAAUGCUAUGCUUCGGAAAUCAAUUGCAAUUAUGAAGAAAUAUGCUUCCUUUAUAGGUCCCGGUAUAAUGGUUUCUGUGGCAUAUAUGGACCCGGGAAACUACUCCACAGCAGUAUCGUCGGGGGCAAUGUAUGAGUAUAAGCUUCUAUUUGUCAUUUUCAUGUCCAAUUUAUUUGCUGUGGUAUUGCAGUGCUUAUGUAUAAAACUAGGGACAGUCACGGGUCUUGACUUAGCUGAGUUUUGUCGUCUUCAUUUAUCCAGCAGUGUCAAUAUAUCACUUUACGUAUGUGCCGAGUUAGCCAUUAUUUUCACCGACUUGGCGGAAGUUGUGGGAACAGCUAUUUCCCUUGAGAUUAUAUUUGGUAUUCCUUUAACUUAUGGUGUAUUAGUUACUAUACUUGACGUUUUAGUGGUUCUUAUCGCAUACCAUAAAGAUGGAACCAUGCGACAGACAAGACUAUUUGAGUUUUUGGUAUCAUUAUUAGUGUUCGCGACUUGUAUCUGCUUUAUAUUAGAGCUUUUCAAGUGUCAAUUCGAGAGUGGAUCUUUGAGAAAAAUAGUCGACGGUUUCUUACCUAUAAACAAACAAAUUUUUAAAGAAAAGAAUGCAUUAUUUUUGAGUUGUGGAAUUGUUGGUAGUACUGUGAUGCCCCAUUCUCUCUACUUGGGCUCAGCCUUGGUUCAAUCAAGAUUGAAAGAAUAUGAUGUGACGAAUGGAUAUUUAUCUCAGAGUAAUACUAUUGAAAGUGAGGACGAACAAGAGCAGACUGCUAAUAGGAGCAAGAUUCGCAGACUUACAGACAAUCGAAAGCUCAAAAAGAAAUACAAGCCAUCGUAUGAAGCUAUAAAAUACUGUUUGUCCUACUCUUAUACUGAAUUAGUCCUUUCACUUUUUCUUAUCGCAGUUUUUGUAAAUGCAGCAAUUUUGAUUGUUUCUGGAACAACUUUAUUUCAUAAACCCGACGCUGAGGAUGCUGAUUUAUUGUCAAUUUAUGAAAUGUUAUCAUAUUAUAUUUCACCUGCCGCUGGUAUGAUAUUUGCUUUGUCUAUGUUGUUUUCAGGGCAGUCCGCCGGUAUCGUUUGCACAAUGGCUGGUCAAAUUGUGAGCGAAGGGUUUAUAAAUUGGAGCUUUGAACCUUGGGUCAGAAGAUUAAUUACUAGAAUCGUUGCGAUAAUCCCAGUACUUGUUGUUAUAAGUAUAUUGGGCCGUGAGGGUAUUUCAAAGAUUAUAAACUCUUCACAGGUAGCAUUGAGUUUGAUAUUACCGGUUGUAAGUGCACCUUUAAUAUGGUUUACUUGCAAGAAAGAGUAUAUGACGGUAGAUAACAGUCGUCUUAACGUAGAUGAAAACUCUGCAUUGCUUAAUGAUAGCUCUGACGAUAGAACUUCUAGAAUUUCUUUUGAAAAUGGGAGCUUCUUAACGAUCGCCGGAACUUUAACGUGGCUCAUUAUUACAGCGUUAAACAUAUACCUAAUUAUUGCCUUUGCUAAAGGAGAGGAUAUAUAA